UCUUCCAUAUUGUACACCAUCCGCAUAACAUCUGCUGUUGACAUAACAGAAUAAUUUUUACGCCUAUGAUAUGAGAAGCGAGGCGAUUUUUUCUUUCUUGCGCCAACUACAAUACCAAUAUAUCAUACUCCAGUCACAGAGAUAAAUCUUAUAUCAUAGAAAUACAAUUCUAGACGCACUUAAACAUCUUGAAAAUUAAAGUUUCUUUAUCUUUAAUUGGGAAUUCAUUUGCUGCGAAUCAAAAUUCAAAUAAUAAAGAUGGUACCGCACAUGAUUUCACAACUUGAAUUUUUGUGAGUUUCGUCCUUUUGUUGGCGAUGAGAAGAUUUUUAUUGAAGUGUCGUCGACGUGGCUCGGUUUCCAAGAAUGAGGUCUUGUUCAAAAUUAAAUAUUUAAUGGACUGCCAAUCACAAUUCGAGUUGCUUUUGAAGCCGAAUAAAAAGGUCGCUGGUGUCAUUCUGGUGUAGAAAAUUUAAUCUUUGAAGUUAAUAUUAGCUGAGAGUUCUCGCUCAUGUCCUAGAAGAAAAAAAACAGUAUUAGAAUUUUUCGGCCAAUAAUGUUGUGAAAAAAACCCACAAACUUCAACUGUUUGUUCAAACGAGAGAAAAAGAAAAAGAAAAAAUAAUAAUUACGUACGAUUAGACUUGUUUUUCCAAGGCAACUAAUAAUCGAUUUCAAUCACUCUUACUUAUAGGAAACGAAAGAGCUGCGAAAAAUGCAAUAUUGAAAUUGAGCUCUAUUUGCUACAUCGCCGCCUUAAUUUCUAUUUUUAAGCCAUUUAAUCGCUAGCUUAUCGUAAACAGUUCGAUUAUCUUGGUGAAUAAUCCCCUCUUUUAUUUGAAUAAUCAGCGAAAUAAUUGGUUUCGGUAUUGCCUUAACCAUCUACAUUGAAUAUAAUUACAGAUCUCGGAACCAAACCAACUUAAUUUGAAGAUGAUUUCGGCUCGUGUUAAGCAUAUACCGCAGUACGCACGCGUGCGCGCUGCGCGGGGAUAAUUUUCUUGCUAGCCACCCACAUAGGAGAAAACCGUGCAUUAUUAUAUAACAGCCGUCACGGAUAGGAUAAUGUUUUUCGCGCUUAAUGAAAUCAUGUCAAUUUACAAAGUUGUUUUACUACGGGUUGGAAUUUAAACGCUAAAUGUAUUCACUGAAGACGGGACGUGACCUUGAGAUUCGUAGCUAAAGAUAGUUUCUUCGAGGCGUGUUGACUACAGUGAAUGAGUUCGACUCCAUGCUAUUUUUUUGUCGUCUCACCGGGGCAGAGGAACUGCAGUGGUUAUGAUUGGCCGUCGGGUCCAAAGCGUGACGUCGUUAGUGCAAAGACUACGCGACCCAUUUGAUUACUAGAGAAGUCAGGGACAACUUGUAAAUCCACCUCGAAACUUCAAAUCAUGGACCAAGAUAGAUCAUCCAGCAAAAAAGGGGUGAUUGGAGCAUUUUUUAGAAAGAUCUCGUCGUCAUCUUCUACCAAGCACCAAUGCACAACCACUAAAGCAAAGUCAAGCUUGAAGUCCUCUCCGCAGACAGGCAAGCGUCUUGUUACGUUCGCCGAAGGAACAAAAUUCGACGAGAUAAUUCACGAAGAGGAAUCGAGUCUCACUGCGCUAAAAAAGAUGAGCUCUCUGACUACGAGGAAGGGGCACCGCGGGUCGCCGCUCAAGAUAUCUCUUACAAACGAUGAUGGUGAAGAGUUAUCAGGCUUUCCUAGAAAACGUGAGAGCAAGUAUUCUUCUCGGUCUGGAGAGGACUCUACUGAUAAACAAGACACUGAUAAACUGGCUAUCCCAGUACCGCCGCAGCGCAGAGAAUCUUUCUUAUAUAAAUCGGACAGUGAAUUCGAAUUAGCAUCCAAGUGUGUCACGUCACGGCACCAUUCGUUUAGCGAGGGAACACGAGUCGAGGAGCUGGUUACUCCAUUUGCCCAAAUUCUGUCCAGUCUGCGCAAUGUCAGGAAUACCUUUAUAACCUUAACUAAUGCGAAAAAAGAAAAAAGAAGAGGGUCUGCAGGGCCACAUUUGAAUAGGACAAAUUUUUCUGAAAUGCAAAAUAGUAUAGGUUUGUUACAGAUACCAAAAGAUGAGAGUUAUCAAGUAGUUGCCAACAGUACUCUAGAAGAGCUGGACUGGAUCUUGUAUCAGCUGGAAACCCUUCAAACUCAUUCAUCAGUCAGUGAAAUGGCUUCUAACAAGUUCAAACGACUGUUAAACAGGGAGCUGAAGGAUUUCUCUGAUGCUAACCAGUCAGGCAACCAAGUGUCAGCAUGGGUCUACAACACAUUUACAGAUGACCUUACAAAGAGGUGCCCCCCAGACCCUACACCACCACCUAAGGCAGCACACUCCCCAAUACUGUUCAGAGAUCUGGCCCAGACUCAAACUGAUAAACAGCUAGAGAUUCCUGCUGAUCCUAACCAAAGUAAAACAAGAAAAGACUGCAUCAGGGCACGAUCAAGAUCUAUGGUCAAUGGUGUCCGUAAACUUACUCGAUUACAUAGUUUUUCUGGAACUGUUCCUCGAUUCGGUGUGGAAGUCCAGAAUGAAAGCGAAUUAGCAAAGAUAUUAGAAGGCAUCAAUAAAUGGGAUUUUGAUGCAUUUUCCCUGGAUGAGGCCACUAACGGCCACCCUAUGUUAGCUGUAGCCUAUACAAUUCUGCAGGCCAGAGAUCUAUUAAAAAUUUUCAAAAUCAAACCAACCACAUUUAUAAAUUAUAUGUCACUUGUAGAGAGUCAUUAUUUAAGAGAUGUUCCAUUUCAUAAUUGUAUUCAUGCGGCAGACGUCACGCAAACUACUCACGUCCUGUUAUCUGCGCAAGCAUUUGAUUCGGUAUUCACAGACYUGGAAAUCCUGUCAGCAAUUAUUGCAAGUGCAGUACAUGACGUCGAUCAUCCUGGUGUUAACAAUCAUUUUCUUGUCGCUACAAAUUCAGAAAUGGCGCUAAUGUAUAAUGAUGAAUCAGUAUUAGAAAACCACCAUCUUGCUGUAGCAUUUCAACUUCUUCAACAUGAAGAYUGUGAUAUAUUUGAGAAUCUUAGUAAAAGUGAGAGACAAUCUGCACGGCGAAUGAUUAUAGAAAUGGUGCUAGCAACAGACAAUGCCAAGCACAUGAGUCUACURGCCUCACUCAAGACAAUGGUUGAAACAAAAAAGGUUGCAGGCACUGGUGUGCUCUGUUUAGACACAUAUACAGAUAGAAUGCAGGUUCUGAAAAGCUUAGUUCACUGUGCUGACUUGAGUAACCCUACAAAACCUCUUUUCAUCUACCGAAAAUGGGUAGACCGGCUGAUGGAGGAGUUCUUCAGACAGGGUGACAAGGAAAGAGCAAUCGAUGGCAUGGAUAUAAGCCCUAUGAUGGAUAGGCAUAAUGCAUCAAUAGAAAAAUCACAGGUUGUUUUCAUUGAUUUUGUUGCUCAACCACUGUGGGAAACCUGGGGAGAGUUAGUGCAACCCGAUGCUCAAGAAUUAUUAGAUACAAUAGAAGAUAACCGACAUUGGUAUAACUCCCAAAUCCCUAAGAAUGAGCAAGACAAAAACAAUCCAGCUUCUAUGAAGCGUGUUAGUUGGCAAGGGACCCGGAAGGAUGCCUUCGACCAAUCAGAACCAGAUACAUCAGGAGACAACACUCAAGACAAAAAUGGCGACAAAAGAAAUAAUAAUGUACGGCAUAUGAAACCUGACGAUCUCCUGCAUAAAUGCGAAAGCAGYGGGAGAAGUUGCGAAGCGGACGAUGAAUACGAYGGUGACAGCUCCUUUGAUUGCUCGGCAGCUGAUGGCAAUAAUAAUUAAUGAAUUGGGUUGUCAUGGGAACUGUCAAUCAACAUUGAGGAACAUCACAGGAAUUUACGGGUACAUGAGUAGAACGAUGACCUAUUGUGUGUGCACAGAAGGAAACAAAAAAGAGUAUAAUAUCGGAGAUGGCAUUCASUGAAAUAUGGGACUGCUGAAAUAGCUGGAUUCGUUUCAGUAUUUGGGAUGUUGUGUUAACCAUCRCCAUGACAACCAUUCAAUGCGUCAAAACAAUGCCAACAAGCCUGGUCRUUAGCACAGAUUAUUUUAUUUAGGAAACAUCGAAGGAAUGAAACCACUGGUAGUGGUGCUUGUGUAGUCCAUUUGUUGAAAAGUCUGUACAAACAUCUGCGGAAUAUAAGUCUACAGAAAAUGUAUAAUAUCAAUAUUGGGAAGAGUUGAAAGUGCAAUGUUGUUUCUACAAUGAGAGGUCGCUGCAGCAUUGGGGGUAAUUUCCAGAGAAAUCUUGAUGGAGAUCUGUCAAUCGAUGUCACUGCAGUUCGGAUUACUUCUCUCCUUACCGCUGAUGAACAUUCAAUGCUCAAGAAGAAGUCUGUUUUAUCAGAAAAUAAAAUAGAAACAAACUUGUUAUAGAGYCAUAUGUAAAUUGUACAAUCUUGUCCAUAGUCAGGCCAUGUAAGUAUAUGUUUUACAGCAAAAAGGAAGAAGCUCUUGUCAGACAUUUUAGGUUGAUAUUAAUUUAUGUUUUGUUGCUGAUCGUUUUGAUUGUAAAAGCUCCAGUUUCAUGCGYACMUAUUUUGUAUUAAUAGUUGCCCUCAUUUAUGUGGAAAAAUAUAACUGUAAAAAGAGAGAUUUUAUUGCCUUCCUUGUUCACAAAUCCAGAGAAUUAUUUAUAUCAAACAGUUCUGAGGCAAAUAAAAUGUAAGCCACAAGUAUGGACCCCAGCAGAAUAUGAGACUGGAGUAUUUUUAAUCAAUACUUAAAAUACUUAUUGAAUGUUUUACAGCAGAUUUCAWAUGCUGGAAGAAUUACUGCAUGCUCACUGCCUUGACUGUGCUCAUACUGUAGUGACUUUUUUAUUGUUAUUCAGUAYUACUGUUUAAUUCGUCACUAUCAAAURAAGUGCCAUGUGUUGUUUGUGCAGUGAUAAAUGUAUGUUUUUUUUCCAAUAUCAUAUGAAAUCUCCCUUAGGUUGCUGUGUUAAAAGGUUGCAUUCUCAUGAAAUGCCAAUAAGAUACAUGUAAUAAGUGUUGUUGAAGACUGUGUUAGAUCCUGUUUUGYCAGUGCCUUUCGAAUUGAUGCUGUGAAAUAACUAAGUUAGUUGUGAAAUCUUGUGCAUUCUACAAGUAACAAUUUAGUUUAUUUUUAAACUUGUAUUGCUGAUUUAUGAUAAGAUAUCUGGUGCAGAACAAUAGASAACAAAAAUUCACAAACAAUGGACAAAAGCACAGUCUAUAGAUAACAAACGACAACACAAUGGCCAAAAAGAUAAAACAAUGGGCAACAAAACAAUGGACAAACAAUGAAAGGACAAUAGAUGAAAAAACAAAUUGCAUUACAAUAACCAGAAAAUUAACCAAUUGGGAUAAAACAAUAGGGAACUAAAUAGUGGACAAACAAUUGACAAAAGAACAAUAGAUGAAAACAAUGGGCAAUACAAUAGCCAGAAGAAAAAAUCAAAUCAUAGAGAAAAAACAAUAGUCAAGAGCAAAGAUGAUAUAGAAAAUGCAAAAUUGUUACUUCUACAGGAUUUCAUCASUUUCAAAACCGCAGCACUCAAUUUGAAUGUUACUCGCCUAGUAUAAUCUUCCUUMAAUUUCUGACUCGAACUUUUGCAAUAAUGUCAAUAUUUUGUUGCAUGUCAUAGUGAUUUCAUUGCAUGCAAUAAGUGCAUCCAGUUAUCACUUCUGGCAUAAGGUCCAUGUAUGUAUCAACAGAGAGUAGUCAUGCAAAUAUGACACCAUGUAAAGACUUAAAAUGUAAAUAUAAAUAUAUAUAUACAUUAUACACAGAAUUUUAAUUUAUGACUUGUUGUCGACCUAGUAUCAUGUCGCUUACAAUGAAAAUCAAGCCAGUGUCAUGGAAAAGUUAUUUGAAUUCAUCUCCCUAGCCCUCCCCCCUCAGUGAUUGAAAUUUUUUAAACCGUUCUCUUGAGUGCAAGUUAUAUGAGAUGCAAAUAUUAAACAGUUCUGUGCAUUAAAUGGCAAAAUGA